AUGCCUAGAGGUCAGACUUCACCUAGGGCUCAGGCUGAAAGGGUCAACUGCACCAGGGCUUUGCUGUGUUCAAUAGGGGUUCAGCUGGGUUUACCUUAUUCCUCAUACUAAGCUGUAUAUCAAUCUCUGGACCUAGAAUCACAACCUAGAACACCUCUGACUGCAUUUUACCAUCAGUGUGUACAGGAUGACCACUGUGUAUAAAGAUACCAUACUGUACCACAUUUUUCUUAGGUGAAGGAUAUUUUGUGUCGAAACCCCAUGAAGUGUGCCACCCAGUUACAUAAUAUCAAUGUUUAGAAACAGUUACCAUAUUGAUUAUGGUAACUACUACUAUGGUUACCAACUUCUAUAUGCAAAUCAAACCACAACAACCUUUUAGUGGUUGUUGUGGUCAUAUAAAAGCCUUGUACUGACCACAGCUUAGUCUGAUUGAUUCAUCUCAAGAUUUUGUCCAGCACUCUCAACCAGUACUCUCAAUCAUGUUUUUCUCCAACCCUCUGUUGUCCCAAGGCUGUGAUUUACUGUAUAUAGUGAACAUUCCCUUUUGUCUUUCAUGAGUGAUGUCUGACCUUCUCUGUCUCUCUUCUCUGUGCAUGCUCAGGAUGCCUGGAGUGCUGCAUCAAAUGCCUGGGCGGCAUCCCCUACCCGUCGCUCAUCGCUACCAUCCUGCUGUACGCUGGGGUGGCACUGUUCUGCGGCUGCGGGCACGAGGCCCUCUCUGGGACCGUCACCAUCCUGCAGAACUACUUUGAGGUUGUCAGAGGACCCGUGGAUUCCUUGGACGUGUUCACCAUGUGAGCAGGCUACAUACCUAGGAGCUACACUGGAAACAUUUGAGAUAUACUGUUGUAUACCAACUGAAAGUUACCCCUAUACUAAGUAGCUGCUAUGUACUUUGAGGAACCUGACAUUGAGGAACCUAAAUGUACAGUAAUUGCAGAUGGGGUAGAAAAGACAAACAUUGUAAUCUGGUAAAACAACACCAUCUCGGUUUAAAAUGAUUUUCAAACAAGUCUACAGUAAACAUGUCCCCCACAUAUGAUGUAGGCCUCCUUCUGGUUCCAAUUAGUGACAAAUAUUCCAACGUACAGUACCAGUCAAAAGUUUGGACACACCUACACAUUCAAGGGUUUUUCUUUAUUUUUACUAUUUUCUACAUUGUAGAAUAAUAGUGAAUACAUCAAAACUUUGAAAUGACACAUAUUUAAUCAUGUAGUAACCAAAAAAGUGUUAAACAAAUCAAAAUAUAUACUGUAUAUUUGAGAUUCUUCAAAUAGCCACCCUUUGCCUUGAUGACAGCUUUGCACACUCUUGGCAUUCUCUCAACCAGCUUCACCUGGAAUGAUUUUCCAACAGUCUUGAAGGAGUUCCCACAUAUGCUGAGCACUUGCUGGCUGCUUUUCCUUCAGUCUGCGGUCCGACUCAUCCCAAACCAUCUCAAUUGGGUUGAGGUUGGGGGAUUGUGGAGACCAGGUCAUCUGAUGCAGCACUCCAUCACUCUCCUUCUUGGUAAAAUAGCCCUUACAUAGCCUGGAGGUGUCUUGGGUCAUUGUCCUGUUGAAAAACAAAUGAUAGUCCCACUAAGCCCAAACCAGACGGGAUGGCGUAUCGCUGCGGAAUGCUGUGGUAGCCAUGCUGGUUAAGUGUGCCUUGAAUUCUAAAUAAAUCACAGACAGUUUCACCAGCAAAGCACCCCCACACCAUAACACCUCCUCCUCCAUGCUUUACGGUGGGAAAUACACAUGCGGAGCUCAUCCGUUCACCCACACCGCUUCUCACAACCAAAAACCUCCAAUUUGGACUCAAAAACAAAGGACACAUUUCCACCGGUCUAUUGUCCAUUGCUCGUGUUUCUUGGCCCAAGCAAGUCUCUUCUUAUUAUUAGUGUCCUUUAGUAGUGGUUUCUUUGCAGCAAUUCGACCAUGAAGGCUUGAUUCACACAGUCUCUUCUGAACAGUUGAUGUUGAGAUGUGUCUGUUACUUGAACUCUGUGAAGCAUUUAUUUGGGCUGCAAUUUCUGUGGCUGGUAACUCUAAUGAACUUAUCCUCUGCAGCAGAGGUAACUCUGGUUCUUCUAUUCCUGUGGCGGUCCUCAUGAGAGCCAGUUUCAUCAUAGCGCUUGAUGGUUUUUUCGACAGCACUUGAAGAAACUUUCAAAGUUCUUGAAAUGUUCCAUAUUGACUGACCUUCAUGUCUUAAGGUAAUUAUGGACUGUCGUUUCUCUUUGCUUAUUUGAGCUGUUCUUGCCAUAAUAUGGACUUGGUCUUUUACCAAAUAGGGCUAUCCUCUGUAUACCUUGUCACAACACAACCAAUUGGCUCAAAUGCAUUAAGAAUGCAUUAAGAAGGAAAGGAAUUCCACAAAUUAACUUUUAAGAAGGCACACCUGUUAAUUGCAAUGCAUUCCAGGUGACUACCUCAUGAAGCUGGUUGAGAGAAUGCCAAGAGUGUGCAAAGCUGUCAUCAAGGCAAAGGGUGGCUAUUUGAAGAAUCUCAAAUAUAAAAUAUAUUUUGAUUUGUUUAACACUUUUUCAGUUACUGAUUAGUUCAGAUACUCUUUGAAGAGGUAGGGUUUCAGAUGUUUGGGCAAGGGGUACCAGGACAGAGAAGAACUUUGACUGGGCUGAGCGGAAGCUUCCCUCCCGUAGAGGUGGGAGGGCCAAGAGACCAGAGGUGGCAGAAUGAAGUACACGGGUUGGGGUGUAGGGUUUGAGCAUAGCCUGAAGUUAGGGAGGGGCAGUUCCUCUUGCUGCUCAUUAGGCAUGUACCAUGGUCUUGUAGUGGAUGGGAGCUUCGACUUGUGCGAAGGAGCGGGGUGACAUGGGAGAACUUGGGAAGGUUGAACACUAAGCGAGCUGCAGUGUUCUGGAUAAGUUGGGUUUGAUGGCACAAGCGGGGAGCCCAGCCAACAUCGAGUUGCAGUAGUCCAGAUGGGAGAUGGCAACGGCCUGGAUUAGGACCUGCACCACUUUCUGUGUGAGGUAGGGUCAAACUCUACGGAUGUUGUAGGGAAUGAACCUGCAGCAGCGACUCACUGCUUUGAUGUUUGCAGAGUAUGACAGAGUGUUGUCCAGGGUCAUGCCAAGGUUAUUUGCACUCUGGGAGGGAGACACCAUGGAGUUGUCAACCAUGAUGGAGAGGUCUUGGAGUGGGUAGGGCUUUCCCGGGAGAAAGACCAGCUCCGUCUUGUCGAGGUUGAGGUGGUGGGCCGACAUCUAAGAUGAGAUAUCUGUCAAGCACGCAAAGAUGCGUUUUGCCACCUGGGUGUCAGAAGGGGGGAAGGACAAAAGUUGUUGAGUGUCAUCCCCAUAGCAAUGAUAGGAGAGACAAUGUGAGAAUAUGAUUUUGUGUAUAGAAAGAAGAGGAGAGGACCUAGAACUGAGCCCUGGGGGACACCAGUAGUGAGAGUAUGUGGUGCAGACACAGAUCCUCUCCAUGUCACCUGGUAGGAGCGGCCUGCCAGGUAGAAUGCAAUCCAAGAGUGUGCGGAGCCUGAGACGCCCAGCCCUGAGAGGGUGUAGAGGAGGAUCUGAAGGUUCAUGGUGUCAAACGCAGCGGAUAGAUCUAGGAGGAUGAGAACAGAGGAGAGAGAGUCAGCUUUGGCAAUGCGGAGAGCCUCCAUGACACAGAGGAAAGCAGUCUCGGUUGAGUGACCCGUCUUGAAGCCUGACUGGUUAGGGUCAAGAAGAUCGUUCUGAAACGGAUAGCGAGAGAGUUGGUCAGAGACAGCACACUCAAGUGUUUUGGAAAGAAAAGAAAAUGUUUGAUGUCAGAGGGGUCGAGUGUUGGUUUCUUGAGGAGGGAAGCGACUCGGGUCAUUUUGAAGUCAGAGGGGACGCAGCCAGUGGUCAGGGAUGAGUGGAUGAGGGAAGUGAGGAAUGGGAGAAGGUCUCUAGAGAUGGUUUGGAGAAGGGAGGAGGGGAUGGGGUCAAGCGGGCAGGUUGUCGGGCGACCAGACCUCACUGUUAAUUUGGAGGAAUGAAAUAUAAGUUAUGUUUUGUACACUACCUGUGCGUGUGCAAAAUAAGUACCAAAAUUAUAUAGGUUGUUAUGGGAAACUUGUUUCUCAUGAGGAGAUGCAUAUGUCCAAAAUUACAUGACUGUAGCUCAAGUGGGGCAGGAGAUAUGCUUGUUCAAAUUUGGUGGCGGACAAAAAGUCUAAUUAGCAGAAAAACGAAUGGGCGGAGCUUAUAGGUCCUUAUGAGGCUGCAUAUGUGAACCAAUUUUCAUGACAAUAGCAAAGUUUGAUAUUUCAGUUGAUUACUAUAGCACCCUCUCUUGGGCAAAUCAGUGUAAUUUUGGAAUUUCAGUUGAGUACUAUAGCACCCCUCUUGUUCCAAUCAGUGUAAUUUUGUAAAUGAUGAAUCUCCAUGGCAAGAUGCAUCAUUCAACCAAGUUUCAUCAAAAUCAGGCCAGUGCUGUCUGAGAUAUCUCGUGUGACGAACGUACGACCGUGCUAAUGUACUAACGGACGGAGACAGAUCCACGGUUCCCUCCCCGAUUUCAUUGAGGGGGACAAUAAGUCACUUGUAUAAUUACUAUAUAAAUACACUAUCCAAUGUAAGUACAUGCUAUCUAUACAACUUCAUGAUAAGUUUGACUAAGCAGAAGUUACAGAGAUUGCAUAAACAACAAUGAAACGACAAUGAAACAACAAUGCAAUAACUGUACAUUAAAGUUGUUUUCACACACAUUUCCCUUUUUCCCUCUAGGAUUGACAUAAUCAAGUAUGUGAUCUAUGGCAUUGCCUCAGCGUUCUUUGUCUACGGUAUUCUGUUGAUGGUGGAGGGCUUCUUUACCAGCGGAGCCAUCAAGGACCUGUAUGGAGACUUCAAGAUCACCACCUGUGGACGUUGCGUCAGUGCUUGGGUAAGGGAUAAUUGAUCACUGAAUGAUGAGGUUUACUGACAUUCAAGAGUAUCUCGUAAUGUUUUCUAUGAAUGACCUGUAUGUAAUGCAGUGGCCCGUAGGGGCAAAGUAGCUUUUAAAAAUGUAAUGCCAUAUAUCACAAUAUUGUAGAUAAAAUGUGUGCGUAAUUUAGAGCUUAAUGGCCGUAAUGUCUCCCAAACCUCUCCCCAUGUAGCCCCAUCCAUUCCACUUUCUAUUCCAGUACUGGCACACCUGUUUCCAGUUGCCAAUCAUCAAGUCCAUGAUGAAUUGAAUUAGGUGUGCUAGUACUGGAAUAGAUCAAAUAAGUGGAAUGGGGGGUACUUGAGGAGAGGUUUGGGAAACACUUAUAUAGACUCGGUCUCAAUUAAUCCUGAUGUGAAAUUGGUGGGAUGUCAAUGUUAUUCCUAAAUCAUUGUUUGGAGCACGGUAUAACAAUUGCAACCUGAAAUCUAAUGUCUCCUCUAUCUGUCUUAGUUUAUCAUGCUGACGUACAUCUUCAUGCUGGCUUGGCUCGGGGUAACAGCGUUCACCUCCCUCCCCGUCUUCAUGUACUUCAACAUCUGGACCAUUUGCCAAAACACCACUAUCCUGGAGGGUGCCACUCUGUGCUUGGACCCGCGCCAAUAUGGUAAGGAAUCAGGAUAUAGCUUGGUCUGAUGCUUCUCUCUGGGCUUUUUCCAACAUACAGUAUUGUCCAUGGGGGGUGGGCUACUGAUGGACAGAUUUACUAAGUGUUGUUACUGUUGCACGGAAAUGGGUUGAAAAGGUGAAAUACAGCUUUGGGAAGGCAUGACGUGUAAAGGACAGCUUCAUGGUUUAGUUUGAUUUCGGUGUUGUAUUUGACAGUGGAAAUAACAGGUGCAAAUGUCUUGUUCUCCCCUCAUUUCAGGUAUUGUGCCAAUUGGGGAGGGGAAAACUGUAUGCGCUGGUUCUGAGAAGUUUUACAAAAUGUGUGAAUCAAAUGAGGUAUGUCAAAUAAAACACUUGACAAACAUUGACAUAACAUGUGAGUACAGUAUAUGUUUGUUUAUGUAAUAUGUGAUUCCUGCUUCCAAAGUAAUAAAACAUCUAAAAUAAUAUUGAAAUAUGGAUGUGUGAAAGCUUAUACAUAAUUACCAUGUAUUUAAAAACAUUCCCAUUCAUAUGAAGGCUUUUGCUUCUCAUGUAAUUAAUUUGAUCACAAAGUAAAAGGCGAGUAACAUGGGGAUGCCUGACUAACAUGUCCUCUACUUUGUCUUUAACACAGCUGGACAUGACAUUCCACCUGUUCAUUUGUGCCCUGGCUGGUGCUGGAGCAGCUGUCAUUGCUAUGGUGAGACACAAAAACCAAUGACUUUUCUAUCUCUGUUGAUAUAUGUGACAUUACAGCUUUGAUUCAUAUCCAUUUGAAGACAAUAUCACAUCUAAUGGACCAUGUAAUCUGUAUGUGAACCUCUGAGAUCUGUACAAGCCGCUGUAUAGAUUAUAUCUCAUGUUUCUCAUGAGAAAAUAUGAAUCAGACAUGUCCGAUUUAUUGAACUAGUCUAUAGGCUAACAAAUGGAAAUACAAGGUUUUCAUUUGACAUGGCCAUUUUAUAAAUGACAAUAAUAGGUCAAAUACAAGCAGUAACGGGGUUGAUUUAUAUAGCUAAAAAUCUGCUAUAUGCCUGUGAGAAUGGCUAGGGAGGCUGUAUUUGGCGCAGUGGAGGGACAAGGUUUUUCUCUCUCUCAGAGAUGCAAGGCAUGUCACAUCGUUGUCAUGGAAACUGGGAGAAGAAAGGCCCAGAGCUUGGUGAAAACAUCACUCAGUAAUUUGUGAGGAGCCAUUUUCUAAGAAAGGGAAUGUGGUCGUUAGUCAAGGAUGAUGGUGCAAAGUGCGGCCCGACAUUUAACAAAACAAAUUGCUGGGAAAAUUAAACAGUGGUACACACACCCGUCAAUAAAGCUGAUUAGCUGAUUAUUUAAUUGAUUAAUAAAACAAAAUCUCCCGAGUGGCGCAGUGGUGUAAGGCACUGCAUCGCAGUGCUAGCUGUGCCACUAGAGAUCCUGGUUCGAAUCCAGACUCUGUCGUAGCCGGCCGUGACCGGGAGACCCAUGGGGCGGCACACAAUUAGCCAGCGUCGUCCAGGGUAGGCGAGGAAAUGGCCAGCAGGGACGUAGCUCAGUUGGUAGAGCAUGGCGUUUGCAACGCCAGGGUUGUGGGUUCGAUUCCCACGUGGGGCCAGUAUGAAAUUGUGUGCGCUCACUUAACUGUAAGUCGCUCUGGAUAAGAGUGUCUGCUAAAUGACUAAAAUGUAAAUACAAAUUAUGAGAUGAGAUGAUGAAUGGAUGUAGAGUAUUUUCCAGUCCUCACAGUUGAGACUAUAGCUUUUGUUUACAUUAACAUUUUAGUCAUUUAGUAGACGCUCUUAUCCAGAGCGACUUACAGUUAGUGCAUACAUUCUUUUUUUCUUUUUCAUACCCCCCGUAUGUUUGAAUCCUUUAUAGACCAGUUGGUCUUUGUGUAGAAUUAAAUCCAUUAGCAGGCUGCUAAUAAUGACCAUGAUUCAAUGUGAAAGGUGUGGCAAUGUAACAACCACAGUCAUUUAACCACAACACAUUCACAAUGGCAGUGUCUCAAUGGAGCCUUUGCUGCCAUGGAAACCCUGGAUACUGCCCACUUUUUCUAAUGUACUGCCACCUGCUGGCAUGUCAGUGAAAUGACACAAUUGUACUAGAAAAUUAAAAGAUAUCAACAAAGAAUAUCUUGAAUUCAAUACACUGUUUUUCACCCCUAAAAUACCUAUUGUAACUAAUUUUUUCAGCUUGAAUAAAAGUUGUGGGCCACAAUAAUUGCACUUUAUAUUUCUGCUGCAAAUCCCUCUUCUAAUAGAGUCUGGCAAAAGGAGCUUCAUUAGAGGCUAUAUUCAUUCAUAGAGACUAUUCCACAUUUGAAAGAGAAAUGGACCCAAAAUUGUGUUUUCCAAUUAAGUACACGGUGAAAAUAUGGUACACUUUCUUCCAUUUUGUGGCAGGCAUUCAUCUUUCCCUAAUCAAUGUCAGUGGUGAAUUGAAAGACCAAUAGUUUGCGGCAUGUUUGAUUUUCUCCCUGACUGAACUUGUUGGUGACUCAUCUCUGUUUCAGAUCCACUACCUGAUGGUGCUGUCGGCCAACUGGGCCUACGUGAAGGACGCGUGUAGGAUGCAGAAGUAUGAGGACAUCAAGUCCAAAGAAGAGCAGGAGCUCCACGACAUCCACUCCACCCGCUCCAAGGAGCGUCUCAACGCCUACACAUAA